AGUUCUCCUGUGGUGCGAUCUGUACGGACACGAUGAUAAUUUUCAGACCUGCACGUGAGAUGAUGAUGACCCCUGUCGAACUCUUUGUGAAACUAAUUGCCCACCGUCUGCAGCUCAAAGUUUCGAUCUGUUACUGCUUGAUGAUCCUGUUCUUGCAACUAUCACAUAGAUGCAGAUCUUGAGGCAUCAUGUCUGUGAGUAUGUUUAUCCGGGUUGACAUCGGAGGAGAAGCGGCUCAAAGGGGUCAGGUGCAGAUGCGACAGCUGCAAGAAGAGUAGUAAGGUUUGGAGCUUCAAGGACUUCUCUUGUCUUCGCUUGGCCUUCGUACACAUGCGUGAGAUCAAGGAGCAGGCUGUGGUACAAGAAUUCAAGCAGCAGGUCACCGCAAAGCUGAAGCAGCGACGCCCCCCGGAAGCUCCCCGCCCUCUUGUCCGCCGCCAGCGCGUGGACCCGCUAGUGCGUGCGAACGAAAAACGGAAAUUGAUCGACGGCGUCAGAGAUCUUGUGCUCCCGCGCUACAUUACGUUCACGAAAGAUGAAAAACUCCUGGUCAAAGUGCCUCUGAAGGACGACCAAGGUGAGAUGUGGCACCCGACAAAGACGCUGAAGCCUGAGGCGUAUGGGAGCCCGGGCGCGGCUCUGGCGCAGGCGAUCGAGUACCGGGACGAGUUUAUCAGCACCCGCGACCAACAGAUUUCGAGACUCAAGCGCCAGCGUGCUGCACGGGAAGCGGCGCGCGCGGACCCGCAGUAGUAGUAGUUGCAGACGCACACGCAACACGGCCCUCACACACGACGACGGAGCAACUUUGGUAACACUAAGCCCCCCAGGAUGAACACGCGGUAAGUGAUUUGUGCGUAGCAAAUCACGAUGCUAUAUGCGAGUUCAGCCUGUUCUUUUCCAUCGAUAUGCAGAUAUACGAACGAGCGGACGUGAGGGCCGUGUUGCUACAGGAAAGAGGAAACUGAGGCUGGUCUAGUGUUCUACAGAAAGAGCGUCGCUUGCUAAAGUUAAAUUUUCCCGCGAAUAAGCCAGUAAAAACGUCUCGCCUGGUCCGCAUGCUAUGGUCCUAAAAGUACGCGAAAAAGUUAGUUCUCAUCACUACAGAAGCUCGCCUGGUCCCCAUCUAAAAAUGUAGUUUUCGCCAACGAGUAUAAUUAUUGUAACAAAAAUGCUAGUUCUCAGUCAAGGGCGUAGUAUGUCUUGUUUUUUCCUUUACCUUUUAUCAACGUUGUUUAUCCAUCUUAAGUCAAGGCACAGGUAGUGGCUCACUGUAGCUCUCGUUCCUCUUUUUCUCUCCACUAGUCCGUCCAGCUUUUUCUUUAUCUAUCUAUCUAGCUUUCACUGGGGGUCUCUUGAGUUUCUCUCCAAAAAACUGUUGCACCGCCGCACCAACGAGUGCGAGCAUACCAAACGGUAACGAGUAUCCCCACCUGUGCACGAGUAUAUCUCCACUUGGGGAAAGAAGCGCCUGUGUGGGCCGGGCGGUUUUGGUGCACUAGGGAAGUUUGAUAGAGGGGUUCAGGGUUACUAAAUCGGAAAAUGAAAAUGAAAAAUUGAUCCAGGCCGAGGUGAUGUUGCAUGCCGUAGUUAGGAAUUUGCAUACUAGGACCAAAUAGUUGUAAGUGACUGAUAACUUAAACAGGGUUUUAGGGUUAAAGACGUGGUGCUCCCGUCAGGCGCGUGAAGUUAUUUCGUUGGCCAAGUAAAAGACUUUCAGCGUUCUUGUCGGGUUUAUGGCCUAAGUUUCCCUGUCCCACCCAGUAAGCAUGAGCGAUUUCAGGCCGGGGUUUUGUAUUAUCGCGGGGGGAGGACAAGUUCGCUGUUAGCCGCCUCUACUAGAAUUUAGUAUGCGUGGUCAAGUUAUAGCUCAUGAAUAGCUCCAGCUGCACUCUUAAAGUUCUGGAACGCCGCCCGACAGCCGAGCCGAGCCGUAAUAUUCUGAUCUGAUCUGACGUAGUAUAUGAAGAACAAGGAGAAACUUUAACUUUUUCAAAAACAAGAAGCAGAGCGAGCUCCUUAAGCGAGCCAAACAGCAGACAUAAUUCCCUCUGGCAGUAGUACGAUGCUAUCACGAUGCAUUUUGGUCUUCCAACAAGAUCUAUUAGUGGACCGCAUCGUCGACUAAAGUAAGAAGAAGAGGUACAGAUUGAUAAUUAAUGAUGAAUUAAUCUUAAUUAUUACGCUUACCGUACUGUGAAGUUUAAGUUAGUAGAUCUGAUCACCGCAAGCGCAACGCGACCACUAUCAAUCUAUACACCAGGUUCAUUCUAUCUCCAUAAUUCC